AUGGCGCACGCGGAGCCGCUGGCGUCUGGUCCUCUUGCCAGCUCCGAGACGCUGCUGGAUACUUUGCUGCUGAAUCUCUACGACUUCGGAGAGAGGGAAGAUGAAACAAAACAGACAAAGGGAAAAGAGAAAAGGGAAAUCAAAAAGAGAGGCUUGAGAACCGCAGUAGUCUUGUCAGAGGAACCAGCUCCUCUUCCUAAUUCUCAUGGAAGAGGCCAAAGGAAAAGUGCUUCCAGCUUCUUCAAGGAACUCCAAGAAGAGCUGCAUUGUUCUCCUGCUGUGCCUCCAACAGAGUUCCCUUCAGAACCAGAUGGCCUUGCUGCAGCCCCUUCCUGUCCCCUGAAGAACAGUAGGGAGUUUGUGGAAGUGGUAGAAUUCCACAGCAGGCCCCCAAAAAGGACACAGAAGCCUGACCAAGAUGAAAACACAAAGACCAAAACCAGUGCCCUUGAGAAAGAUGUGGACAUGCCAGAAUUUAACUUAGAAAAGGCUCGUCUGGAAGUGCACAGGUUUGGAAUCACAGGUUAUGGAAAAGGAAAAGAAAGGCUUCUGGAACAGGAGCGGGCCGUUAUGCUGGGUGCUAAGCCUCCCAAAAAGAGUUAUGUUAAUUACAAGAUUUUGCAAGAGCAAAUCAAGGAACAAAAGACAGCAAAGAAAGAAGUAAUGAAAAUGGCCCAGGACACAGAUGUUUUCAAGAAAAGGAAGAGGAAAGGUCAGGAAGACAGGAAAUCCCAAAAGAAGAAGUUGGCACCUAGUAUCUUGUCAGGUGGACGUAUUGGAAAGGUUGGAAAAUUCAAAAAUGGCACAUUGAUUCUGCAUCCCGUUGACAUCAAGAAAAUAAACUCUUCCAGAGUGACUAAAUGAAGUGAUUUAGAAACUCACAAGAGUGGAAACGUGCCAUCAUGCUGAACCGGAGCCUCUCUGCGUUGAAGAUGAAAAGAUCAUUCUGAAUUAUUGAACGUUUUACCAACUGUGUUGUUACUAUUGGAAACAAAAUCAAAUACUGUCUGUGGAUGUUCAGAUAUAUGCUUUAUAGUAUCUAAAAUAUUGGGUCAGCUGUGGUGUGAGUAUAGAAUAAACCUACUGAAAAUAUUUUUUAAUAUUUCCCAGUAAGGAUCA